AUGCCACGCCAGCGCAGACGCGGUGCCAGCUUCCGGGGAGUCUACUGCCCCGGUGCAUUCCCUUUAAGCCUCGAGGAGUCUGUGACGGAGACGGCAGAGGUGUUCCGUCGCUCCCCGUCCAUCACGGCAUCGGGAGAGUACCUUGUCCCGCCAAAGCGCACGGAGAUUAAGAAUCGUCUGACCGUCGUGCUCGACCUUGAUGAAACGCUCAUCUACGCGCGUCAAGGCCCACUCUACGUACGCCCUGGCAUCGAGACGCUGAUGCGCUUCCUCGCCGACCACUGCGAGACAAUCGUAUGGACCUCCAGCAAGCACCGCUACGCAGACGCUGUCGUAGCGCAGAUCGACACGUGCGGGGCCGUCUGCCACACCGUGUACCGACACCGCCGCUGGUUUAACGGUACAUCGGCGACCAAGGAACUGCGCCUGCUCGGCCGGGACCUGGAGACGACGAUCAUCGUGGAGAAUACCCCAGACUGCUGCCGCGGCUACGAGGGAAACGCCGUGCUUGUCGAGGACUACGAGGGCGGCGAGCUGGCAGAUCACACGCUCCACACGCUGCUAGCUCUGCUGCGGGACCUCGUCGAGCGCCAUGAAAAGGAGGGAAUCACUGUCCCCGAGUACAUCGCCACGACGCCGCUCCUUGGGCAACAGAAUGUCUUGACGGACAAGGGCACCGCGAUGCAGGCGUACUGCCUUCUCGGCGCCGAGGAUGAGCGUGCUGCGCCGUACUUGACAAGAUCAAAAUACCCGCGCAUCAACCACGACCACGUGCCCAGUGCCCCCCCUCGUCCUGCGCAACAGCCGUCAUGCAUCCGACCAGCGGGCUCACUGGGCAUCAGGCGGAAGCACGCCUGCCAACAGCGAGUGGUGUACUAG